AUGGCAUCUAGACAGUCGCAGAAGAGAUUAACGAAGGAGUAUAGAGCAAUACAAGCGAACCCGCCCCCGUUUAUAACCGCCAAACCAAACGAAGAAAACAUAUUAGAAUGGCAUUAUAUAAUCACCGGCCCCACCAGUACUCCAUUUGAAGGAGGACAAUAUCACGGAAUCUUAAGGUUCCCAUCAGAAUAUCCUUUCAAGCCCCCUUCAAUAUCCGUGGUGACCCCCAACGGAAGAUUUGCUUGUAACACUAGAUUAUGUUUGAGUAUGAGUGACUAUCAUCCUGAUACUUGGAAUCCAGCAUGGAGUGUUUCUACCAUUCUAACCGGAUUAUUAAGUUUUAUGACCGGGGAUGAAAGCACUACCGGGUCGAUCACCACGAGUGAUAACGUUAAGAGAAGGUUGGCCCGGGAAAGUAAAAAUUGGAAUAUGAACGAAAAUCAAAGGUUUCGUAAAAACUUCCCGGAAUUAAUUGAACAGAAUGCAAAAGAUAUCGCCAAACAAAAAGAGUUGGAAAAACAACAGGAUGCUCUCAACGCUAGCAAGAAGUUACAGCAGGAAGAUGAAAAACCAAUCAAUUUACAAGAAAAUAUCGAAUCCUUAGAUCCUGAAGAUCGUGCCCGUUUAUUGGUAGAACAAAAUGACGAUACCGAACAGCAAAGCAACGGUUUACAGAAAAUAACGUUGGUUGGUGUGGUGUUGGCUGCUUUUGUAGCAGCUUACUUCAGUGUCAUAAGAAGAGGUUAA